ACCCUUUGACUAGACACAAGAGAACAACAGCUCUCUCAUAUGCUUCAUUUUAAAUCUUUCUUCUUGAAAGGAGAGAAGAACUUGGCCUAUAUAGUAUCUCACAGCUCAACAUAUGCCAGGCUCUGUUGUCUGUCUUAGCUACUACUUCUUCUUCUUCUUCUUCUUCUUCUUCCACAAGCUAAUACUUCUGGUUCAGUCUUUGUUUGAAUCUGCAGACCUCUUCUGGGUUUCUUUAAAGCACUUAACUUUUAUUGAAGUUGAUACAAGUCCCUCUACUUUUAGCUAAAGAGUAAAGAGAGCCACCGUCUUGAAUUUGUGGGAGAUAUGAGUGCUUCAAAGUUCAUUAAAUGUGUUACUGUUGGGGAUGGAGCUGUGGGGAAGACCUGUAUGCUAAUUUGCUACACCAGCAACAAGUUUCCUACUGAUUAUAUACCCACAGUGUUUGACAAUUUCAGUGCAAAUGUGGCUGUGGAUGGGAAUAUUGUCAAUUUGGGGUUAUGGGACACUGCAGGUCAGGAGGACUACAGCAGGUUGAGGCCACUAAGUUACAGAGGUGCAGAUAUAUUUGUGUUGGCUUUCUCUCUAAUUAGUAGGGCAAGCUAUGAGAAUGUUCUUAAGAAGUGGAUGCCAGAACUUCGGCGAUUUGCACCUAAUGUUCCAAUUGUCCUUGUUGGGACAAAGCUUGAUCUUCGUGACGACAUGCGCUGUCUAGCUGAUCAUAUGGGAUCCAACAUCAUAACUUCUGCUCAGGGAGAGGAGUUGAGAAAGCAAAUAGGAGCUGCAGCUUAUAUUGAGUGCAGUUCUAAGACCCAACAGAAUGUCAAAGCGGUGUUUGAUACCGCCAUCAAGGCUGUUCUUCAACCUCCAAGAAGGAAGGAUAUGGUUAAGCAGAAAAGGCACCGAAGAUCUGGUUGUUCAAUUGUGAGCAUUGUCUGUGGAGGAUGUGAUGUGUAGGACGAAGCCAGGCAAGGAAUUGGAUGUUUGUUUUGGAUUGCUCUUGGGGGUAGAGGCUUAUUCCUGAAAGCUAAUAUAUUCUUAUGUUUGUAUUGUUCUAAUUCGAGUAUCACUACAUGGGACUUCUUAUGAUCUACUUGACGAACUACUGACUAAUGUGGAAAAAGUUGAGGGAAUU